CGUAGGAGAGACAGCGAGAGAGAGGAGAGCCGUAGGAGAGACAGUGAGAGAGAGCUAGGUCUUCUAUCUGGCAACACAAGGGCGGAGGCUUGCCAUCCAGGAGGUGACGGGGAGGAAGGUCGAGCGUGGGGAGAGCUGACUGAGUCAUCCCGCAGAGAUAGUACUGGCAAUGAGGGUGACACAAUAGCACAAGGUGGUGACAGGGAGGGCUACCCAGUACCACUAGAGGGAGCCAACAAUGAGUACCCGUGCACGAUGCCACGAGGGGAUGACGCCGCAGAGGUGGAGGAGGAGCUUGAUUUGGCAGAAGGCGUUGAUGAGGAGGGCGAUGCAAGAGUGACAUUCCGGGAGGUUCUGAGGAAAGGAAGCAAAGAGGAAUGCAUUCCCAGGAAAAGAAGCCAAGAAGAGGAGAUCCUUGAAGGAAGCGGGGAUGAGGACAUCGCUGCGGAUGCUGAUGAAAUGAGAGCGAGUGCGGCCGACUCGGGCGUCUGCGGGAUGUCGUCAUCGUCAGGGACGACCGACCCAGUCGAGUCAUCACUGAUGAUGUCAUCGUCGAUGAUGAUGUCAUCGUCGAUGAUGAUGACGUCAUCGCUGCACGAUUGCCGUGGCGACAACGACGACGACGACGACUACCUCUCGUCCGGUUCAGACAGCGGCAGCGCGCGCUCGUUUGUUUCGCGCGAGGAGACUGGGGGCGGCAGCGGUGGCGACACCCGCAAGGUCACGGGGUCAAGGUCAGGCGAUCAGAGCGAGAAAAAGCAGCUGCAGUCGUCGCCGCAGCGACAGGAAGAGGUGCAGCGCGGGUCUUUCUCGGCAGAUUGGAGCGAGGGAGCAACUACUGUGAUGGAAUCUGUGAUGACGGCCGAUGCGGAUGGGAGCAGCAGACGCGACGGCGAAUGCUUAGACACGCCGCUGGCGAUGAGAAGCCAACCUGAUGAGCACAGGUGGUCGGCGACAGAGGGCGCUACCUAUGUCUCGGGUAAGUCCUCGGGCGGCGAUGGCGGGAGCUGGAGCUCGCCACCAGGGGGAGACGGCAGUGAGUGCGCGGAGUUUGGCGCCAUUAUCGGUAUAUCGGGUGACGCGUCGUUGACGGUGACGACGACGACAAGAGACAAGAGGCACGGGAACGGCAGCGGUGAUGGCCGGAAAGACGAGGGCGUGACUAGAGAGGGCGCCGGCGACGCAGCGACGACCCUCGGCUGCCCAGAAGAACUAUCGUAGUGUCCGCUGCACGUGGAAAGAGCUGCCACGCGGUGGCAGCACGUCCGACCAUACUUUGGGCAACGUUGGACAGUCAGUCAUGCCGUCCAUCUAGACCAUCGAAAAAUCACCCCAAGGGGCGUGCUUGCUGCUGCCGGAGUGUCCAGCACAUGCCAAUGUCAUCAUAUAUUUAGAUAUAUAAAUAUCAAGGGAUGAGAUAUCAGCGCAUAAGAUUUACAGGUUGGGAUUUCAAAGGGAUAAGGGAUAAAAUAUGAGAGGGUGAGAUAUUAAGGGAUAUUAUAUCAAAGGUCGUGAUAUCAGUAGAUAUGCUAUCAAGGGAGAGAGGAGCCUGGGUCAAGGGUUUAGGGUACACAGUCGGUAUUGUAUAUGCAGGGCAGGUGUUGUCCUGCCAAAAUGUACGCAUAUAAAUAACAUCUAUAGGGUUUUUAUGCCCUUGGAAAUGUAUAAAGGUCACAAGAAAAAUUAAAUGAAGACAAAUUCUGUUUCA